AUGCCACCAAAGAAGCCUGCUGCCCCGCCUCCUCCGAAACCUGGAAAGCCAAAGUCUGCUGGAGGAAAGGCAACCAGUGAUGCUAAGAUCAAGGCGGAGGCGGAUGCAUUGAACUCUGGGACAGCGGCUCUUACCCAGCAGCAACUGGAAGCAUUGAGGAAGAAAUAUGAUACAGACAAAGACUCGUCCCUCGCCUACGCGGAGUUUUCUGGGCUGUGCAAGGAGCUUGCUGCCCUACAGAAAGCGCCGACCCCACGCGAAGAAGACCUCAAGGCCAUUUUCGAGGAGUUCGACAAAGAUGAUAGCAACAAGCUGAGCAUGCAGGAGUUCAACUGGGCCUAUGCUACUUUGCAGAGAAAGGUACAGGAAGCCGCUGCUACAAAGAUCCAGGCCAGGGUUCGUGGAAACCAAGCGCGAUCUCAAGUUGAGGAGGGAUCUGCUCUGAAAGGACGACCCAAGGCGCCGCCUCCACCACCGCCGCCCAAAAAAGCAGGAGCCAAAGCAAAAGCACAAACUGCAGGUACGGCUGCAUUGUCGGAGGAGCAGAUGAAUCAACUGAGGCAGAAGUACGACACAAAUAACGACAAGAUGCUGACAGUGGAAGAGUUUGAUGCAAUGGCACGUGAAAUCGCCACUCUCAAAGGGCAGAAGCUGCCUCCGGACAUGAGUCUAAAGGAAGUGUUUCUGGAGUUCGACAAGGAUGGCAGUGGCAAGAUGAGCAUGGAGGAGUUCAAUUGGGCCUAUGCAACGCUGCAGCAGGAAGUGGAGGCAGCUGCCGCUGUGAAGAUCCAGGCAAAGUUUCGUGGAAACCAAGCUCGAUCAGAAGUGGAUGAUAUGAAGAAGCUGAAGGCGGGGCAUCCGCCACCUCCAAAAGGCGUGGCUGCCGUCAAGUCCAAGGCCCAAUCUGCAGCAUCAAGCAGCGGCACUGCCGGCCUGACACAGGCACAAAUGGUGGCCCCAAGAGAGAAGUUCGACGUGGAUGGGGACCAGACGAUGACUUUGGCAGAGUUCAAAGGACUGGCGCGUCAAAUUUCGCAAAUGCAGGGUCAUGCAGCUCCCAGCUAUGACGUGCUGGAGGAGAUUUUCGACGAGUUUGACAAAGACUUUACUGGCAAGAUGGGCAUGGAUGAGUUCAACUGGGCGUAUGCAACGCUGCAGCUUAAAGUCAAGGAGGAAGCUGUAAAAGAGGCUUCACGAGUCCUCAAAAUUCGCCUUGACCGGUCGGGCGGAGAGAAGCUGGGCCUCGCGCUGGACACGAAGACACUGGAGAUUCGAGGGAUCAACCCAGAUUCUCUGGCUGCUCGGUGGAACUAUGCGAACCCACGUACUGCUCUACAAGUAGGCUACAAGAUCAAGAAGGUGAAUGCAAAGACAGGCAUGGCUGGCUACAGUGAGGAGCUGAUGAACGCUGCAGUGAAGGUGUUGGAUAUUGAAGCAGUUCCAGGAUCACGAGUUCACAAGCCUCCCAAGUUCUACCACGUCAGACUGGACCGCUCAAGCGGCGGCAAGCUGGGCAUGCAGGUUGAGCAGCCUUCUCUGGAGAUUCAGAACUUGGCUGCUGGUGGACUCGCUUGCCAGUGGAACGAAAUGAAUCCAAAAGAGAGGAUUCGCCCUGGAGAUUCCAUCGUCAAGGUCAAUGGCAAAAACGGCCUAACGGGCUUCAAGGAAGACAUGAUGAAUCCGAAAGUUGAAGUUCUUGAGAUCCAGCUUGCCCCAUUGAGCCGAUAUCACGAGGAUGACGAGGAAGUUCCGACAGAGUCCUCAGUUCUGACGGAAGAGGAGGAAGCGGUGGAAAGAUACAAAGUGAUUAUCGAAGCCAUGCAGGAGCUUUCUGAAGCGGAGAAGAAGCGAAGAGCAAACGCGGAAAAAAGACGCUUGAAGGCCAUCAGAGAUGGUAAAGAGGCCCUGGCUGCACUGGAGGCCACGCAAGGAGACUUCUAUCGGCAGAUGGCGCAGGCGACAUUGCCCGAAGAUUUGACGGUCCAGGCAGAGGACCAACGAAGGGAACGUCUGGCCAGGGAAGCAGCACGAAGACAACAGGAGCGCACAUACGAUCACGAGUCUUUGGUUGUCAAGCAACCCGCACUAACGGGCAAUGACUCAUCCGAUGCCACUGGCCGAUCGACUUUCGCGUGCCCUUGUUGCGGACGACUGUUCUAUGUGUUCAUGGAGGCUGGACAGCAUUAUGCAGUUGUUGCUCACGGUGUCGAGCUGCUGGGCCAAGACCUGCCGCUUUCUCCACCUCAAGGGCCACCUGUCGCCAAGGCAGCUGCGCGAAAUGCGCCACAAGCCGUCGCGGCAUCAGCAGCUCCUAGCCCUUCUCAAGGCCCACCACGUACAGAACCCCCUAGUGAGUCCCGAGCCGCGCCUCCGGCAACCGGAGGUGGCUUCUUUUAG